CUCUCUCUCUCUCUCUCUCUCUCUCGCUCUCCUUCCUUUCUAAUUUGCUUUUAUUACCGUUUCCUUUCAAGUCAGAGUUCUCCUUUUUUUCCCCCAGACUCUUUGGCUAAAGCAUAACUUUGACUGUUUUCACUUCAGCACAAGGCAAAGACUGCAGCUCCUGAGGACUUUUGGACGUUAACUGAAUGCUGACACGUCUUUCAGCUAGUUUCUCCACAGGCCAGACCUCUGUGCUUGGAACAGGUCUUUAAAUGCUGUCAUAAAGAAUACAGCAGCUGUGGCUGAAAUAUACCACUGACUCACGACGGCUGCACUGAGCUGAAAAUAACCUGGAAGACAGGAUUUCAUAUUAUCUGGCCUUAAAGUAAUACUUGCUUGUAGUGAGCACACUACAGGCUGGAAGUCCUUACUCAGAGAUAGUUUUAUUAGAUGUCUAAAAUGGACGUUUGAAUAUGGGCAUAUUCUGUGGUAGUAAUUUUACAUUUUCAACGUGAGCAUUCUUUUGUGUGAUCAAGUUGCACAGUUCUCUGCUACAUGGUUCACUCUUGCUAUCAGGAAAUGGAUUGUGAAGUGCUCUGGAGACAUGCCCUGCCGUUCCCCGUGUCUGUUUUCUCAGGCCUUGUGAGACCCGUCCUGUGAUCCAGUCCCAUGGUAGCCAACAGUGUCCGUCUGUAGACAUGCUGUCAGUUGCUCACAUCUGGCUCCUCUCUUUCCCAGCACUGCUAAAGGAGGGGGCGGAGACACUCUGUCCCUCACUUCAAAACCCUCAGGCUUACUCACACACAGACGACACAGACAGACACAGACACGAUCCCGAACUCACACCAAAGGAAAGCAGGGAUUAACACUGAGCUUUUGUUUUGAACAGUGUAAAUAAUGAUUGCUUCCAUUCUGGCACUGCUGCUCUCGUUAACAUUUAAUGUGAAACAGCUGUUUUAAAAAGAAGUCUACUGACGCCAACAGAUAUUUAACAGCAUCACAUUUCAGUAAUUCAGUAGUGCGUGAAUACAUUUUCCUAUUGUUUUUCCAUACUGGUCCCCCGUGGGAAUCGAACCCACAACCCUGGCGUUGCAAGCACCAUGCUCUACCAACUACCAACUGAGCCACACGGGACUUAUAUAGGUAGCAUUGAAAUGACAUCACUCCAGGUGUGGCCCCUCCUCCUCCUCCUCCCUGUUCUACUGGUCAACCUCUCCAGCCAACUAGACGACAACAAGAUCCCGCCCAGUCUGUGUACGGGACAACCAGGUAUCCCAGGUACUCCUGGGGUGCACGGUAGUGCUGGCCAACCAGGAAGAGAUGGGAGGGAUGGGCGUGAUUCUGUCCCUGGGGAGAAGGGAGAGAAGGGAGGCAGGGGAGAGACAGGCGAGUCAGGCUUUAGAGGCCUCACUGGAGAUCAGGGGAACCCUGGAGAUAAAGGAGACAGGGGGCAGUCGGGGGAGUGUGCCGUUGCUCCCAAAUCAGCCUUCAGCGCCAAGUUGUCCGAGGGCCGCACCAUGCCCGUGGCGGCGGAAGACGCUGUGCGCUUUGACAAGGUAACGCUAAACGAGCAGGGCGACUUCAACGCGGAAACAGGACGCUUCACCUGCAAAGUGCCCGGCGUCUACUACUUUGCGGUCCACGCCACCGUCUACCGGGCCAGCCUGCAGUUUGACCUGAUGAAGAACGGUCUCACAAUGGCGUCCUACUUCCAGUUCUAUGGGAACUGGCCCAAGCCAGCAUCUUUGUCCGGAGGCUCGCUGCUGCACCUCAUCCCGGGCGACCAGGUGUGGGUGCAGAUGGCAUUGGGAGAGUACAGUGGUUUCUACUCCAGCUCUAAGACUGACAGCACUUUCACUGGCUUCCUGGUGUACUCGGACUGGAAAAACUCUGCUGUCUUCGCCAAGGGCGAAGUGGUAUAGACAUUGCGGGGACCAAGUCUGGUGUUGUGGCUGGGGGGGAUCCUCCCCCAGAAAAUAUUUGAAAACGUUAAACUAAUUUACUGUCCUUCUACAUGAUUCAUGGCCUCUCUAGAAGGUUAUUAGAAAACUCUGGUUAUUGCAUAAACACAUUAAGCAAGGUUACAGAAAUAGCAGUUGGCUAUGGCACAUACCAUACUGAUGAGUUGUGAUGAUGAAUCAGGUGAACUGUAGUGCUUUCAGUUGUGCUUCAGGUUAGCCAUUUGACUGCUGCUGUGCAAUGGUGAAUCGUUUUUACAGACUUUCUGACGGUGGCCCUACAUGUAAUCAUUGUUUUUUUGCCUUUACAAACAAGGAUGGCCUAUGGGGUUUAAAUGAGACAUGUUGGCUCCUGCAGUUGGCAGGAAUUGUGAAAAUAAGAAGGUUAUAUGUUCCGUUGUGGUGGAGGUGUAACGAGGAUUCAAUAAGGCAUCAAACAUGUUUGUGAGCUAUUUAGGGCUUCCAACCGUGACAUCACUGACUUGAUGUCAUGAAACUUAGCCAGUACUUUGUGCAAAAAAAUGAAUUGAAAAGAAUUCAAACUGAAGCCCUAAAAUACUUUUCACAAUCUUUUCAUUUAUGUCUGUGCAACCUUCACUUAUGUCACAAAUAAAAAUGUUAACUUUCA